CUGGGUUCCUUCGAACCCACCCAGGCGCUGGGUUCACACCGAACCCAGCAUGCCUGGGUUUGGUGGAACCCAGCACACUUGGGUUCGGUUCCUUGCGAACCCAGGUGCCGGGUUCGUGUCUGGUGCUGGGUUUGCUGGGUUCGUGUUUGGUGCUGGGUUCGCUGGGUUCAGAUCUGGUGCUGGGUUCAGAUCUGGUGCUCGGUUCGCGUCUGGUGCUGGGCUUGCGUCUGGGUUCGCACCGAACCCAACAUGCUUGGGUUUGGUGGAAUCCAGCACGCUUGGGUUCGGUUCCUUGCGAACCCAGGCGUGCUGGGUUCGCGUUUGGAUGAAGAAGGCAUUACUGCAGGUGUUAGGUGUUGGGUUCGAUGCUGGGUUCGAUUUGUCAAUUUUGAAUGCUAGGUUUUUGCAGGUGUUGGGUUCGAAAUUGAACCCAGCAGGCGUUGGGUUUGAACAGCUGCUGAGUUCCUCCAAAGUUCCAUCUUUUCCAUUUUCAUUUCCUUCUCCAACUCCAUGGAAGCGGCCCUGUGUCCUUCAUUCUCACGGUUGCAAUUUGGUGGUGGUCAGGGCUGGUUAUACGCGUACGCCCCUGGAAACAGCCGGUGCUUAUCAAUUGGUUGACGAUGAGACUGGAGAAAAGGUAAUUGUUUGGGGCGGAGAUGACCCCGGCGAUGACGUUAUCCCUCCCAAGCACCUUCUCCACCCUUCCAAUUGGAAACCCACUCGUUCUUCACAGUCACGGUCACAGUCUCCGUCACAGUCUCCAGGAAGAGCAGCAGCUGUUGGUUUUGAAAGACUUAAGGCAGAUAAAGUUAAAGCCCUUGUCAAGAAGUCAUCUCGGAUGAAGAAAGAAGGCAGUAAACUCACCAACUUCGAGGAUGAACAAGUUCCACAGAACCAUGCAAGAAGAGUUUCAAGGGCCGCCCCUUCAAAUGAAUACAGAAUUUCUUCCCAAGCAACUAAGACGGAAGACUACAUAGAGGAGGACUCUGAUUUAUCAGUGGAAAGUGGUGUUGAACCUAUCUUUGAGCUUCAGAUUGCGUCCCAUAAAGCUCAAAAGUUGGACUUCAGAAACAGUGAAUCAGAGGAACGGGUUUCAAAAGGCUCUGCUGCUCAACUAAGAGGCUGGGGUGUUGGAGAGUCCAGUUAUAAUCCCAAAUCCAAUUCAAUGGACCUUCUAAAGCAACAGCGUAAAGGGUCUGUUGACAGUGACUUCUUUAGUAGGAAAUCCUUUAGAGAUUUAGGGUGCUCUGAGUAUAUGAUUGAGUCUUUAAAAGCUCAACAGUUCCUGCGCCCUUCACGUAUUCAGGCACUAGCUUUUGCACCUGUUAAUGAGGGAAAGACUUGUAUUAUAGCUGAUCAAAGUGGCUCUGGGAAGACAUUGGCAUAUCUUAUACCUGUGAUUCAGCGGCUUAGGGAGGAAGAACUACAAGGGCUUAGCAAGUCAUCAUCAGGAAGCCCUCGAGUAAUAAUAAUGGUACCAACUGCUGAGCUUGCCUCUCAGGUCUUAAGUAAUUGCCGAUCGAUGUCAAAGUUAGGGGUUCCAUUCCGGUCUAUGGUUGUGACAGGUGGUUUUCGACAAAAAACUCAACUGGAAAAUCUGGAGCAGGGCAUUGAUGUUUUAAUAGCAACACCAGGUCGUUUUAUGUUCCUCAUCAAAGAAGGUUUCCUGCAAUUGACAAAUCUUAGGUGUGCUGUAUUGGAUGAAGUGGAUAUACUCUGUAAUGAUGAGGAUUUUGAAGUAGCAUUGAAAAGCUUGAUAACUUCUUCACCUGUCACAGCACAAUAUCUUUUUGUGACUGCAACUUUACCAGUAGACAUAUACAACAAGCUAGUUGAAGUUUUUCCUGAUUGUGAAGUGAUCAUGGGACCUGGAAUGCAUCGUACGAGCUCUGGCCUUGAAGAGUUUCUGGUAGAUUGCAGUGGAGAAGGGGAUGAAAAAACUCCAGACACAGCAUUUAUGAACAAGAAAAACGCACUUCUUAAGCUGGUAGAAGAGAGCCUGGUUCACAAAACCAUUGUUUUCUGUAACAAGAUUGAGACCUGCAGAAAAGUUGAGAAUGCAUUGAAACGGUUUGAUAGAAAAGGAACUCGUGUACGAGUUCUACCAUUCCAUGCUGCUCUGGAGCAAGAAGUGCGCCUUUCAAAUAUGAAAGAGUUCACUAAUUCUCAGCGUGGAGAGGAAUCUCUCUUUCUGGUUUGCACUGAUAGAGCAUCUCGGGGAAUCGACUUUGUUGGUGUGGGUCAUGUUGUUCUCUUUGACUUCCCUCGUGAUCCAAGUGAAUAUGUGCGUAGAGUUGGAAGAACUGCCAGAGGAGCAGGAGGAAAGGGCAAGGCAUUUGUAUUUGCAGUUGGCAAGCAGGUUUCCCUUGCAAGCAAGAUAAUGGAAAGAAACCGAAAAGGUCGUCCCUUGCAUGAUGUGCCAUCUGCUUAUGAACUGCCGAGCUAAAACCGGGAAAAAGGGCAAGACUUUGCAUUCAAGAACUAGUAAAGCAGAAGGCUUAUGUUAGAACACAGCCGCAGUAUAGCAAGAAAAGUCAGCUUUUAACUUGCUAGAGCUCAACUUUGAGCGAAAAUGCAAAGCUAAAAAGCUUCCAUGGCAAAUCCUACUUGUUGGGGUCCUUUUACGCAUGCCACAGUGAAAGGGAGUUGUAAACUAAUACCACAGCGGAUCCAUGAUACUCCCGUAUCAAAGGAGAAACUAAAUAAAUUGAAAUUUUGAAA